AUGAGUAGCACAACGGCACCGGCGCCGUCGCCGGCGACGACCUCGCCCACGCUACCAGAAGGGCAUUCGUCCGGGGCCGCUCAGGAGUCAACAGGUAUCAGCCUUGUUGCCUUUGUGACUGCCCUGGCGACUUCGCUGGUCGUCUUUGGCGUCCAAAUGGGUUUCUUUUUGCUGUUGCGGAACAAGCUGGUCAGAAUAUUCAAACCGAAAACCUACCUGGUACCCGAACGUGAACGAACCGAACCGCCACCUUCGAAUCACUUGUUGUUGGCUUUCAAACUCAUGGGCUUUGAGGACCGCGAGAUCAUCAAGAAAUGCGGACUUGACGCCUACUUCUUUUUACGCUACCUACAGACCCUCUUGGUCAUAUUCAUCCCUAUCGCCCUUGUCGUGAUCCCGGUUCUAGUUCCUCUUAACUACGUCGGGGGCAUGGGACGCGACAUCAUCGGCAACAGCACUGUCCAGAGCGCCAGCAUCCCCAAGGGGUUAGAUACUCUCGCAUGGGGCAACGUCGCCCCGAAUCGGCAACAGCGCCGUUGGGCCCAUCUCGUACUCGCGCUUCUCGUUAUCAUCUGGGUUUGCGGUGUCUUCUUCGCCGAACUUCGAGUGUACGUCAAAAUUCGGCAGGACUACCUUACCAGUGCCGAGCACCGGUUGCGAGCCUCGGCAAAUACGGUACUUGUGAGCUCGAUCCCGGACAAGUGGCUGAGCGAGGAAUCGUUGAGAGGCCUGUUUGACGUGUUCCCCGGAGGCAUUAGGAAUAUCUGGCUCACACGGGAUUUCACGCCUCUCCUCGAAAAAAUCAACGAGCGCAAGAAGGUGCACAAGACACUGGAAGAAGCAGAGAGCGAGCUGAUUCGUGCCGCCAAGAGAAGGCAACUGAAGGAGGCGAAAGCGGGCAAGAAGAACGAGAAGCGAGCGGACAGAGCGCAGCGCGAGAAAGAGGAAGACAAGGAAGCCCAGCGGCGGGCCGAGGGCUCAGAAGGCUUGAGUGCUAACACCCCGCAAGUACCUCAUGGCGUUCAUGACGCAGUAGCUGAAGCCGAGCACGAACACGGGGUUGUCAGUGGGGCUGGCCUAGGACUGGUCGAAAAAGAGAGGGCUAUUCAGAAGAAGCUUGACGGGCUGUUGGGAAGGACAGGCGGCUUUGAUUUUGUCAAGGCUUCCAACCCCCGAGCGUCCUCUCCAACGACGACGGCGGUGACUGACGACCAGGAGACCCCCCGCAAGAUCUCCUACGCAGUGGAGGAGGAAGACAGGCCCAAGACCUCGUUCGCAUCGGAAGCCCCGUUGCAUAUCCGCCUGGCUAGGCACGCCCACAGCCCCUCCAACGCUUCCAGAGACUCAGAGACCAAGAAGGAUUCCUUUGAUCUCCGGGGCUUCGGCAAUACGACUCGCAGAGCUACUAACAUGGACGAGAUGAUUGUUACCGAGAAAACGCGAUGGUAUCAAUUCUGGAAGCCGCCAACCGGAAGCUAUGCGUCCCCAAUCCCCCAAGGUGCCGAAGGAGAUGAAUACCCGUGGAAGAAUGAGAAGAAGUCAUUUUGGCAGUCUGUCAAAAGCUCGAUACCCUUUCUGGCCGACCCCCCACCGCCGAUCGCAUAUCCGACUGCCUACACGCGCGACUACAAAGCACAACCGGAGGAGGACGCGGAAUGGAAGAAAUGGAUCAAGCCGGAGGAGCGUCCUCGUCACCGGGUGCCCAAGUACGAUUGGGUGCCGGGCUGGCUUUCCUUCCUGCCGUUUAUCAGCAAGAGAGUGGACACUAUCUAUUGGUGUCGCGCCGAACUUGCCCGGCUUAACAUGGAGAUCGAAGAAGACCAGAAGCACCCUGAACGUUACCCUGUCAUGAAGUCGGCCUUUAUCCAAUUCAACCAUCAAGUGGCAGCCCACAUGGCCUGCCAGUCGGUGACUCACCAUAUUCCCAAGCAGAUGGCGCCGCGCAUGGUUGAGAUCUCGCCCGACGACGUCAUCUGGGAUAACAUGGCCAUCUCCUGGUGGGCCGAGUGGGUGAAACGCACCAUCGUCUUCAUUAUUGUGGCUGGCAUGAUUGUUCUAUGGGCUUUCCCUGUUGCGUGGACUGCUUCGCUCGCUCAGAUUGAUGCCCUCAUCAAACAGUUCAGCUGGCUCUCGUUCCUGGAAAGCAACGAGACUCUCAACAAGGUGGUCAAGGCGGUAGCCGGUGUCUUGCCAGCUCUUGUCCUGGCGCUUCUUCUCCUCCUCGUGCCUGUUGUAUUCGAUGUUUUGGCGGGUUGGCAAGGUGCAAAGACUGGUUCGCGCAAGUCCGAGAUUGUCCAGAUCUACUACUUCACGUUCCUCUUUGUUCAGGUCUUCCUUGUCGUCUCGAUUGCGUCCGGUACUUUCCAGACCAUUGCCAAUGUCUCGUCCAACAUCACCUCCACGCCCAACAUCCUCGCCGAGAACCUUCCCAAGGCGGCCAACUACUUCUUCGCAUACAUGAUUUUGCAAGCUCUCUCGACAAGCUCGGGGACUCUCCUGCAGAUCGGCACCCUCUUCGUCUGGUAUAUCUGGGCCAGGAUGACGGACAGCACGGCUCGAGCAAAGUGGACUCGUAACACCCAACUGCCGACCGUCAACUGGGGCUCUUUCUUUCCCGUAUACACCAACUUUGCGUGUAUCGCCCUGAUAUACUCUGUCGUGGCGCCUCUGAUCUCCAUCUUUGCCAUCAUAACAUUCAGCCUUCUCUGGGUUGCCCACCGGUACAAUAUGCUCUAUGUCACGCGAUUCAGGACGGACACGGGAGGCGUGCUGUAUCCGCGGGCGAUCAAUCAGACGUUUACCGGGCUCUACGUCAUGGAACUCUGCCUUAUCGGCCUCUUCUUUCUCGCCCAGGACGAGAACGAAGUCAACUCGUGCAUACCGCAGGCCAUCAUUAUGAUUGUGGCCCUCAUCCUGACCGCUCUCUACCAGUACCUCCUGAACGACUCUUUUGGGCCGCUACUUCGCUACCUUCCCAUCACCUUUGAGGACGAAGCGGUGCUCCGUGACGAGGCGUUCCAACGUGCCCAGGCCAGGCGACUCGGCCUGCUCGACGACGAUGAUGACGAAGCCACCUCCCUCAACCGAACAGGGGCGGUGCGUGACGACAUUGAGUUGGAAAAGCUGGGCGGCAAGACGCCCGGCAGGAGUGGCACGGUGCUCGGCAAACUCAAUCCGGUCAAGGGGAUCGUGCACGCGGGGACCUGGGCGGCGCGCGGCGGCAAGCAGAUCCGGAAGGCCACUCUCGGCCGGGCCGAGGACUCGCUCCGCACGGCGGCAGUGUACCGCAAGGAGCGGCGCAAGAAGGACCUUGAGGCGCAGCGCGCCAUGGGAGACGCCCUCUACGGCGGCUACUCCGACGUGAUUGAGGACCUGACGCCCGAGGAGCGCGACGUGCUGGUGCGCAAGGCGUUUCAGCACUCGGCGCUGCGCGCCAGACGGCCCGUCGUCUGGAUCCCCCGCGACGACAUCGGCGUGAGCGACGACGAGAUCAGGCGCACCAACGACUUUAGCGAGUACAUCUCGAUUACGAACGAAGGCACUGCGCUCGACAGCCGCGUGCGCGUGCUCUACGGCAAGAAUCCACCCGACUUUGCCGAGGUCGAUCUCAUAAAUUUAUAA